AUGAUUGUGCUCUUGUGUAUUGGCCUUUUAGCCAUCAUCUAUCUUCUGUUGCUGAUCGUGUAUCGGUUAUAUUUCCAUCCAUUGGCUAAAUUCCCGGAGCCAUCACUAGGAAAGAUAACUGAUUGGUACGCCGCCUGGUGUAUGUGGAACGGUUCUGCACAUACCAAACUAUAUGCGGAACAUCAGAAAUAUGGCGAGCUUACAAGCCUAUAUUCUACAAUGGCCAACGUCUACAAGGCUGACUCUUAUGUGGUAAUGAUCGACAAAACGACACAUGCAUUCAAGCGGAGGAUCCUAUUCAAGGCCUUUACAGAGAAUGCGCUGAAAGGAGUCCAGGGUAAAACCCUAUCCCACAUCAGUCCAUUCUGUGAUAGGCUCGCUACUUCUCCUACCAAUGUCUGGGGACCCAGUAUGGAUGUCGCACCAUUGUGUGACUACCUUGCCUUUGAUGUGAUCAGUAAUCUCUGCUAUGGGCAAAGCUUUAACAUGCCAGGAGAUGGUAGAUAUCGUUAUGUACCAAAGUUGACCAAAACGCUAAGUCGCCGGACUGCAACGCUUUUUCAGCAGAAUAAGGGAUUUUUGUGCUUGGGGUUCAGCGCCAGGGGAGAGAGAGAGAGAGCCCGCCUAGGGAACAAUUUUUCUACAAAAGAUUGUUUCCACUAUAUGCUGAAUGCAGUAGAUCCAAAAACUGGCCAAGGCUUUACAAGUAAGGAGUUGUGGAAUGAAUCAGUGCUCUUUGUUGCUGCCAACCUGAGCUCAGUCCUGUUUCACCUGGCACAUAACAAACAGGCUCUGCAAAAAGCUACAAUUGAGAUCCGUUCGUGUUUUAAACAGGUGGAAGACAUUCGCCUGGGCAGUCAUUUAAAAUCAUGUUGCUAUCUAUAUGCGUGUAUACGCGAGUCUAUGCGUAUUUCACCGUCAGUGGCAAAUAUACCACCUCGCCGUGUGUUAGCUGGAGGAAUGACCGUGGAUGGAUAUUACAUGCCAGAAGGAACUAUAGUCGGAACACCGAUAUACUCCAUCCAUCAUGAUGAGGAGACCAAACCACAAAAGGAUGACCUUCACAAAGCGCAGGCAACAUUUUGCCCUUUCAGCAUCGGUCCACGGUCGUGCCUGGCUAAGAACUUGGCGUGGGUCGAGCUCCCUCUUACAAUCGCUCGAGUCCUAUUCUUGUACGAGAUCCGAUUGCCGCCGAAUCAUUGUCAGGAUGAUCCGGGCUGUUGCAGCUCGGUGCCAAUGGAUCAGAGUCCCCAGGUUAAGUUGCGAGCAUGGGUUGGGGCCGCGCGAGAGGGUCCAUCGCUGCAAUUUCAUGCCAGGAAUAUUAUUCAAGAAUCUAUAGAUCUAACCUGA